UGUGCCAGGCACUUAUGCAGGAGAGCCUGCUAAGUUUGAGAUAGAACUGUAGUGUGAGAGGUAGAGCAUCAUUCAAGUUUUGGAAUUCCUUCCGUCUGUGAACCAGAAAAGCAUAGGCAGGUGGUAGGUGAAUUUCUUGGAGGGAAAAAUACACCUAUGAGGAAGAUUUUCUCACUGAAACAAGAACAUUUGGCAACUGAAACGGGAUGAUCAGUUUGAUUUUAUCUAGAUGCUGCUGCUUUGCAUCCAACAAAGCCCUAGUGGUUUGGUUUGUUCUGCUGGCUGUUGAGAACUGUUGUUGUUUGAAGCUGGGAGUUCCUCGCCUCCGCCUCUCAUAUAAAGAUCUGCUGAGAUCAAACAGUUUCCACCAGCUACUAGACUCUGAGGAUGACCUGGCAUUUCAGUCUCUUCUUGUGGAUGAGAACAGGGCAUGGCUGAUGGCAGGUGCAAAGAACCACAUAUUUUUGCUGCACCUUGAAAGUCCUAACAAAGAGCCUCAGAAGAUUUUCUGGCCAUCUCCUAUAGAUCAAAUGGAGCACUGCAAAUUGGCUGGGAAGAAUCCUGAGACGGAAUGUGCAAAUUUCAUCCGCCUCUUGCAGCGUUUCAAUAGCAGUCACGUGUUUGCCUGUGGAACUGGUUCCUACCAGCCCAUGUGUGCCUUCAUACAGCUCAGAGAUGGAGUGGAGGAACUAGGGAUUCCAGCUAUGCAGCUGGUAACUCACUCCAUUGAAUCUGGGAGAGGCAAGUGCCCCUACAGCCCCCAUGAGCCUUUUACAGGGCUUCUCAUUGAUGGUGAGUUUUAUUCAGGUGCUUCUAUUGACUUCAUGGGAAGCAGUGCUGCAUUCUUCCGCACAUGGCUGGAUAGGGCUGACCAGAACUACAUCCGAACAGAACAAAACCAAGAUAAUUGGUUAAAUGAACCUGUGUUUAUUGGUGCCUUUGCCAUUCCUGACACCUACAACCAUGAUGAUGACAAAGUGUACUUCUUUUUUCGGGAAACUGCUGUGGAAGCUGGACAGUGGGAGAAAAGACGCAUCCAUGCCCGGGUGGCUCGUGUCUGCAAGAACGAUGUUGGCGGAAAGUACAGCCUCAUCAACCGUUGGAGUACGUUCCUCAAAGCCCGGCUGGUUUGCUCAAUCCCAGGUUUGCAGGGUACUGAAACUCACUUUGAUCAACUGGAAGAUGUCUUCCUUCUUCGCACCCGCAGCUUGCAGAAUCCUCUUAUUUAUGGCCUUUUCACAGUAUCCAGUGGCAUUUUUAGUGGCUCUGCUGUAUGUGUCUAUUCCAUGGCAGCCAUUCGGGCUGCUUUCAGUGGGCCCUUUGCACAUAAGGAAGGCUUGGACUACCAGUGGAUAGAAUACAAAGGAAGGAUUCCCUACCCUCGUCCUGGAACAUGUCCCAGUGCAACAUAUGACCCACUUCUCCAGUCAACAAAGGACUUCCCUGAUGAAGUGAUCAGCUUCAUGCGUACCCAUCACCUGAUGUGGGAUCCUAUCUAUCCACUCCACUGGAAACCUGUUAUGAUGAGAGUCAACGUGCCCUUCCAGAUCAAACAGAUCUUGGUGGACAGGAUGGAGACAGAGGCUGGACAUGUUGAUGUCCUCUUCCUUGGAACAGAUGAAGGCAAAGUGCUGAAGGUGGGCAUUGCCAGCAUGAGAGGCCAAGAUCCUCAGGAGAUUAGCUUGGAAGAGAUCAGUAUUUCAAAGAUGCCUUUGGCCAUCCUAGACAUGCAGUUCUCUCUAAAAAGGCAGGAGAUGUUUGUGAGCAGCACAAAUGGCUUAGUCCAGCUCUCUCUAUACCGCUGUGAACUCUAUGGCAAAACUUGCACAGACUGCUGUCUUAGUAGAGAUCCCUACUGCACCUGGGAUGGCAAGUCCUGCAGGCCCUUUCUGCAUACCAAAAAAAGGCAAGCCCAGUGCCAAGAUGUGCUGAAAGCCAACCCAAUCAGACAAUGCCAAGAUGCUGCAAAGGGGAUUUCAGGGACUGAAGAAAAGGUAAUAUUUGGGGUGCAGAACAACUCAACGUUUCUUGAGUGCCUUCCACCUUCCCCUCAGACAACCAUUCGCUGGCUUGUACAGCACAGCAGUACAGCAAUCUUGGAAGAGAUUGGGAGUGCUGGCCGCUUUUCAGUCCUGGAGCAAGGUCUGCUGAUUAGUCAGCUGACACAAGAAGAUGCUGGGAUCUACCACUGCCAAGGCAUGGAGCACUCCUUUUCCCAGACCAUCACCCACUACAGCCUUCGUGUCAUUGGGCACCAGGCCAUGGAAGUAUUAGCUUUCAGGACUAGCAAAAGUACAGAAGAAGCAACAAGCCACCAUAGCAUCAUCCCCUGGACAGAGAUGCAGCUUCAUUACAAAGGCUACUCAAGGGCUUUGGGUGCACCCAGCACCAAUUUGGAUGAGUUUUGCAAUGCUCUCCAGCAGAGGAAAAGGCGGAGGCCGAAAGAAUGGAAUCGGAAGUGGCAACAGCAUCUGCAGGAAAGCAGGAGAGGCAGAGUGCGGAGGCAGCCUGGGCCUCCAUAGCAACAUUAUGCUGGCUUUAUACUGCAAAUGGAUGAAAGAAACUGAGCUCACUAAGACUAGUGAAGGUAUUCUGAGCCCCUUCAACUGUACAGGUCCAUGCAGACAAGCCUGCAUGUUGGGGCCUCUAGGCUGCACCUGCUGCACAAGUUCUUCUCAAGGUGCAAUUUCAAUUUCUGCCAUCUUCAUAAACUUGGCUAUCUGGGGAAAGUAGGAACGAGAGCAAAUACAGAUGUGUGAAGAAUUCAGUGGGAUUCCAUACCAAGCCUCAGGCUAAACAGAUUGAUUUUUCUGGUCUAGCUACUGACAAGACUCUUUUCACUAUGGGCUGGUGUAAGGUGCUGCCAAGUAACUCUCAAACACUUCACUACAUGAGUCCAGGAAGUGCAUGAGUUAAAGCAUUUUAUUGAUAAGCUACUAGUUCAUACACUAUUACAUUCCUUGUCAGGAAUGGCCUUUCUCUACAAACACAUAAUGCAUAUACGAUUCUAAGCCCAGCCCGCCCCCUUCAGAGAACAGUUAGCUAAGUAUUAAAGAUGAACAGCAGAACCCUGAAACUUUCCAGGCUGCAAGAGAUAACUGCAGGCUGUCACAUUCCAGGCAGCGAACAGCUUCUAACUUCAGAGUUAUACAGAAUCAAACAGGCCUUGCAGAGUAUGACAGGAGACAUCCUGACAGCUGGACAAAA